UGUGUGUGUGUGUGUCCCAUCAAUCUUUCCUUGGUGCGUGAACGCGCGCCGCAAUUGUGAUCGGCGCGCGGAUGAUGGUGAUGAUGAGAGCGUGACCUCACCGCUUUCUGCACAGCUGCUGGAGAGAGAGAGAGAGAGAGAGAGAGAGAGAGAGAGAGAGAGAGAGAGCGAGGGGGGGUACACAGCACAGAGGCAGAGUGAGAGGAAGCGAGCCUCAGACACAAGUUGGGGGAGACACGGAGAGGAUCGAACCAGCGGAGACACUCACAACACAACACGGGACUUCGUUGCUCGGCGCACGGGGGACUCCGUCGCGGGGGCGUCCGUGAGCUGCCUCCCGCCGCUGCGCUCCGCUGCCGCCCGGCAUGCUCUGUGCCCCCGGCGGCGGCUCCUUCCUUCCUCUGCGGUCCACGAACCAGUCCCCGCGGCGUCCCCACGGCCACUGAAGCCCAGAUGCUCACCCUCUCCGCCGACAUGGACGACUCCUCGUCGCUGCUGGAUCUGCUGGAGUGCUCGGUGUGCCUGGAGCGCCUGGACACCACGGCCAAGGUGCUGCCGUGCCAGCACACCUUCUGCCGCCGCUGCCUGGAGAACAUCGUCAGCUCGCGGAACGAGCUGCGCUGCCCGGAGUGCCGCAUCCUGGUGGACUGCGGGGUGGACGACCUGCCCGCCAACAUCCUGCUGGUCCGCCUGCUGGACGGCAUCAAGCAGCGGCCGCAGCGAGGCAGCAUCAGCGGGGGAGGAGGAGGAGUGGGAGCCGGCGGCAGGCAGUCCCUGGCCGGCGGCUCCCUGCAGGGAUACGCGGCCGGGCUGUCCGCCUCCCCUCCGGGCAUCGCGAUCCGAGAGCUGCCUGUAGCCACCCGGAGCUCCCCUGUGAAGGUGGAGAUUAGUUUCUGCUCUCACUGUGGCGGCAGCACCGGAAAACAGGCAGACACUGGUACUUUUAAAAAUAUCCCGGCGCUGCCUUGUGGGAAGGCCCUCUACUCCUACGAGGGAAAAGAACCAGGCGACCUCCAGUUUUCCAAGGGCGACAUCAUCAUCCUGCGACGCAAGGUGGACGACAACUGGUACCACGGCGAGCUCAGCGGUUGCCACGGUUUCCUGCCCGCGAGUUACAUCCAGUUGUUGCGUCCCCUGAGCCAGACUCCACCCCAGGGCAAAGCGCUGUACGACUUUGAGGUGAAAGACAAAGACCAGGAUAAAGACUGCCUGGCCUUCAGCAAGGAUGAGGUACUGACAGUAAUCAGGCGAGUGGACGAGAACUGGGCAGAGGGCAUGCUGGGAGACAAGAUCGGCAUCUUCCCUAUUCUCUACGUGGAGCUAAACGAAACAGCCAAGCAGUUGAUGGAGAUCGACAAACCUCCGCCAACGAACGCUCCGGGCCCGAGCUCCGAACCCGCCCCGUUGGGCCCCUGCUCUCCUGGCCCCUCACCCAGUGCCUCCCCGUCAAACGGGAACGGCUCUGGCCACCGGCGAGGCGAAGGAAAGAAAAACGCCAAGAAGCGACAUUCGUUUUCGGCACUGUCUGUCAGCCAAAGGGCCGCCCAGCUCAACAACAGGCAUAGCAUGGAGAUCUCCCACCCAGUGCUUAUCAGCUCCUCUGACCCCAGAGCUGCUGCACGCAUCCAGGAUGCUUCUCCCCCUGGUCCCUCUCCCUCCUCGACGGGGGUCCUGGUGCCCCCCAAAGUGGCAUCCAUCACCUCUGAGCUGCUGGCCCAUGCCAAGGUGCAGCUGCCACUCAACAUAUAUCUGGCUCUGUACGCCUACAAGCCCCAGAAGGCUGACGAGCUUGAACUUAGGAAAGGGGAGAUGUAUCGGGUGACGGAGAAGUGUCAAGACGGAUGGUUCAAAGGCACCUCGCUGAGAACAGCUGCCUCCGGUGUCUUCCCAGGAAACUAUGUCACCCCCGUGUCCAGGGCUCCAUUCGGAGUGGGUGCUACUCGCUCGUGUCUGUCCAGUCCAGUUGGUGGGUGUAGUCAGGUGGGGAGUAAAAUCCCUGACCCUUCGUCUCCAGGGUCCCCGGGGCCCUCUUUGCCCCGUCCCUCCACCCCACUGGUAAACUCAGCCAACUCUAUUAACGCCGUCAGUCCCGCCUCCUCGCCUCAAACUGCCGCCGCCCAGCUGAAGAACUGCCUGCGCUCGAGCCAACACACAAACCAGGCACGCACCUCAAUGCAGCUGGUCCACAGUCCCCCUGCCGGAAGCCCAGAGCGCCCCACGGUGGCCCUUUCUCCCCUGCGUACUCAGAGCUCCUCCCCAUCGCGUUGCCCCGGCCAGUCGGGUCGUCCUCACUCCAUGGUGUCUCCGGGACCCAGCUUAGGGCCCUCACCCCUCUCCUCCCCAGCCUCGCGGCCCCUCCUCCCGCUCUCGUCACCCCUCUCGUGUCUCACGCCUCCCAACGUGUCGGCGGUGCUCCUUAACGGCGAGUCGGCCAUUCCGCUACAGCCGCCAUUUCCGGGCCCCUCCCACGCCCCCGCCCAGAGUGUCCUCGCAUCCAAACCAGAGAAGAAGGAGAGGAAAGCGGGAGGUUUAUUGAAGCUUCUAUCUGGGGCAGCGUCCAAAAAGAAACCUCGCUCGCCUCCCUCCUCCCCGCCCACCCACAACCCCGCACUGGCCGGCCAGGGUGCCGUGGCAACGGACCCCGCGCACCAUCCUCACCACCACCACCAUCACGCUCGCUCAGGUUCCUGCCCAAUGGCGGCGCACGGGCGAGCCGGCUCCUGUCCAAUUGAGAGCGACAUGGCUGGGGCGAUAGGGCUGGAGCCGCUGCACAGGAAGUCCGGGUCCCUGGAUACCAACUUCCCCUUGUCGCCCCCGGCAACACGCACAGCUGGCAACCCUCUGUUGAUGCUGCGGCCCGAACCCAAACCCCUGUCCAGAGAGAGGUUUCGCGUGGUGGUGCCCUACCCCCCGCAGAGCGAGGCGGAGAUCGAGCUGCGGGAAGGAGACGUGGUGUUCGUCCAUAAGAAGCGGGAGGACGGCUGGUACAAAGGCACGCUGCAGAGGACGGGGCAGACCGGCCUGUUUCCCAGCAGCUUCGUCGAGAGCUUCUGAACUGGAAAGAGUGGACAAAAGAACACACACACACUCUUCCUGUUUCUGAGUCACACAGCACACACACAAACAUGCUUCCAGGUCACACAGAUGCAGACACACACACACAAGGGUUGGGCCGAUAUUGGUUUUGGAUUAAAUGUGGAUACUGACCUUAAAAAACUGAAUUAAAGUCUGGAUUAGAAUUGAUUUUGGGGUUUUAAAAAGAAUAAUUAGUCACUAAAAAUUGACCUUCAAAUGAAAACAUAUUUAAUACUGUCACAAAGCAACAUUAAUAUUAUUGACAGUAAUAAUAAUAAUAAUAACAAUAUCUUUAUUUAUAUAGAACUUCUCAAAACAAAGUUACAAAGUGCUUCACAAAUAAAACACACAAAUAAAAAAGAAUAUAAACAUUCAAUGUGUGACAGAAAUUUAUGACCAGUCCAGCUUUGAUUCAAAGGAAGCUACUGACUCAGCCGGCCUACUAGUCUACAGAAACCCAUAUCGGUCCAACCUGCUUUCAAACACACACACACACACACACACACACACACACACACACACAGAGGAAAGUUAGCUCCAGCUUCGACCAGCCCAGCCACACAGGAAGCUGGGCGGCCUUUCCAGUCGUUGGCCCGGCGACAGCGUUCUGGUCCUCGUCCACCUCGUUGCGCGGGCUCGUGAUGUUGACUACUGAAGGCACACAGACUCAAAGAGCACAGAAAGACUAAAGCCCACCUCCCAGCUCUCCCCCCCCUCCCCGGCAUCAUCCACCAGCAAACACUAGCACAAAAAAGGCAUUAGCUCUGCUUUUCCGCUGAGACCUCAGAACUUGAAUUUCGGGUGCUGUCUUUGUUUUCGAAACGUUCGGAAAACGUUACCGCCAGUUGACGAGGGAAGCGUGUGAGCCCAAACGCCGGGAUCAUUGUCGGCACGUAUCUGUGUCUAGUUUGUGACAACAAGCACAUGUGUUUCCUUUCGAUAUAUGUUAAAUGCAUGUAGCAUUAUGUUUUUUUGUAUAUGUUGAAAUAGAUGUUUGUGUUGUCCCAAACUAGCCAUGCUGUGAUGAUCGGUCACACGAUUUUUCAUUUUAAAUUCAAUGGGUGCAAAAAGUAAAAUAUGACUUAAGUGAUUCAUUUUUUUCUAUUUCUAUUUAUCUUAUAUAAAAUUUCUACGACCAUUUUUAAGUUGCAUUUCUCCUUCGUAGACCUCUGACCUGAGUAAACUGGUUUUCGCUGAAUGUACGAAGAAACAGAACGGGACGUCCAAAACUGAAAAUGGAUUUGUAUUUAUAGAGUUGUGUUUUUGACUUGAAAAUGGAAUUAGAGACAAGGAAAUGCACUUGAUUAUAUCUGAUACAACUUGCCAAUACAUCGACAUACACAGUAUUUUACACACUUAUUUGACAAAAGGGAUUUCCAUUGCUACUUUUCACAUAUUUUAAGAGGAAGCACAUUUGUCUUUACGCUGGCACAAAUCCCGUUGGUAGGAAGAAAAAUAAUCACUGAACAGCAACAGGAAUUCCUUUUCCUCAGCCUUUUCUGGAGAUACUGUUGAAAGUUUGUUUUGCAGCAAUAUCGAAGUACAAAAUGCGUUUUGAUGCCCGUGGAAGAAUGUACAGUCGAGGCGGAAACACCCCGUGAGUCCGAGGGCAGGGACGCAAAUUCUUCAUCACACGACUGCCAAACUUUGACGACUUUUCCUCCUCAUCUGCUCGACCUCUAACGAGUAUUUUUGUACGGCUUCAGUCAGCGUAGUGUCAGUCUGCUUUGUGAAUUUCUACGUUCCUGAGUGUGUGGAUCCGGGCUCGUCUAGUUUACAUCCAGCCACAACCAUCUACCUUUAUUUUUCUGGAGAUAGAAGCACAGCGAAACUCAAAAGCUUGACUCACUCAGUGUGCGUGCGUGUGUGUGUGUGUGUGUCAAUAACAGAACAGUUUUAGGGCAGCAGUGGCUUUCCUCACCUGUUUCUCAAAGCACAAACUGCCACUUGCCCUGUGCACACAGGUGAGGCUCACUCAUUGGCCGAGCACACGUUUGUCUCAUUGUAAUCGAAUCAUAACCAGGAGUCAAUGAAUGAGCACAUGUGAGUCACCUCGGAUAGAGACGAUUGUUGUGUCCCAAAUCACCCACUCCUCCCCGGACCCCUGCUCACUUUACUGAGAGGGACUUAGAGGACUGUGUAGUGAGCUCAGCAGCAGAAUAAAAUAAAAACAUUUUCGGACGCUGCCCGGCAAAUUUGAUCUGUUGCUGGAUUAUGACGUACAAUGACAUCGGACUGCGAAAAUCCCAUAAUAAAUGUUAACACUUCGCAGGAGCGCAAUGCAUGAUGGUAUAUAUUGCUCAGUAAGUGACCAUUGGUUGUCCUGUACUUUUCACGAUGCACUGUGGGAAACGAUGUGUGCACGAUAUAGGGUUUAAGAAAUCGGACCAAACUUUGGGACAGCACUACAAAGUAGCAGAUGAUCAGUGAGUGAUUUCGGACACAGCCAAUAAUUUGCGGAUGAUUAAUCGGAAGCACAAGUGCAGCAGAAAACUUGAACAAAAAGAGCACAGGAAAUCUGUAUUGAGUUACUUUUACCAUGAUUAGAUUUGUUAGGAGAAGAAAAUUCAAUACAAUCCUUUGAACAGUGGAGGGACGUGAACAAAAACAUGGAGGCGAGACAAAUCUCACAGAGUGAAAAGCGUCGGCGAAACCUGUCAGUCAAACCCUAGUGCCUACAAAUGCCAAAACACACAAACACACACACAAAUACAAACUGUAUCUAACACAGCAGCCAGUCUUUCUCUCAAUCUUCUUCGUCGAUACCAUGAGCCUGCUGGUUGUUGUUUUCGUUUUUUUUGCUCGACUCAACGAUUGAAAACCAGCAGGUCCCAGAGCAGCUCUGCACAAACAACCCGAGCGAGACUUUCUCUGUGUGUUUGUACGGCCGCUGAACAGAGGACUCUAAUUUCUACUGAGUCAAACUUAAGCACAAGUCCUCAUUCGUGUCGGAGGUGAACGGGUCUCGACUGUCUUUUCUUUUUUUUUUCUUUGUCACGAGGUUGAUGCUGUGAGGAGGAGGAGGAGGAGGAGCGUUUACAAGAGUCAAAACAUCAGGAAUACAACCACUGCACAGUGGUCACUUUACAUAAGGUUUCACUCAUGUUUUUCUUCUUUGUGUUUUUUGUUUACGUGACGUGAGCUUGUCUUUUGGCCUCAGCUUCCUGGUUGUAAAUACCACUCGAGUGCUCAUGGUGACGGCUUGAAACAUGUGAACAAGCCAAUAACAGCGGCGGUAAUUUCCCCGCUGGACGUGGACACAACACACCAUUGCACAUCCACAUCUUUUUUUCAUGGGACAUUUUGAAAAUUGCUGUCCUCUUCCUUCCAGGAAGCCAGAGCACUCGCCCAGCCAUCUUGAAUUAGAUGUCAGCCAUAUUUGUUCCUAUGGAUACGUGUGUGUGCGUGCGUGUGCGCGUGAGGGAAGGGAGCCUCUGUAUGUAGCUCUUUACAGAAAAAAAGGAAACUUUACGACAAAGUGUGGCGUGGACGCUCACGCCUCAUCGGGUCUCUAGUGUCGGUUUGUUUGAGAACAGCGGUGCAGCAAAGGAGAAAAUUAAGAGAAAAAAAAGAAAGUAUAUAUAAUUCUAUAUUGUGCAGAAUAUUUAUAGGCCUUUUGUGCCAUUGAAGUCAUGCUCUGCGCUGACCGUGCCCAGCGCGCUACCAUGUGAUCAUUACACAUCGUCUUGUACUGAUGACCCGUGGUUGAUUUGAUUGUUUUUUUCAUGUCAAGUGCAUUUUUCGCAAUAAAUGCCUUUGUUUUAAAACGGAA